UCUAGUCAUGAUAAUGAUCUGCCAGUCUUUGAUCUCUCCAAUUUUUCCACACCCCCACUUACAAAACUGGCCAUUCUCCACCCAAUCGGAAGAUCAUUCAUUGAGAUACCUAAAAUAUGGCAGCAACCAAUAAGAUAAGCCUGAAGCUUUUCAUAGACAAGAAGAGAAACCGAGUGCUGUUUGCUGAAGCAGGCAAGGACUUUGUUGAUUUCCUCUUUCAAUCUUUCACUCUGCCGGUCGUGACUGUCACUAGCUUCCUAAAAAGUGAAGACAUGCUAGGGUGCUUGCAAAACCUAUACGAAAGCAUUGAAAACCCGAGCCAUAAUUGCAUUCAGCCAGGCCAAAGCAAAGAAGACUUGGUGUUGAAGCCCAAACUAGUAAUGUCUGGUGCUACAGACUCCCUACUCUUGCCAAGGGUCGAGUCCUCUUAUACGUUCAGGAAAUUGUAUAAGUGUAGCAACAACUCAUGCAGUAGCCGUGAUUAUGAGCUGUCUUCUAUAGAGGGCGCAUAUUGUAAUUCAUGCUCAUCAUCAUUAGUACCAAUGAGACACGAGGUAUCGCUCAGUGAGUUAACAAGCGCGAACAAAGCGAUUAGUAAUUUCAAUUUGUUGAAAGAGUGGGUCAGAUUCAUAGUGAUGGAUGAUCUGUGGAUGAUGCUCAUGUCCGCCGACGCUUUCAUAACUCUGCUUCAUGAGUAUGAUAUCAAGGAUUUAAGGGCGCUUGAAAAGAGAGUGGUCGAUUUGGACAUGCAUGGGUCUGUGAAAUUGCUCAAGGCUGCUCUGCAAUCCAAGACUGCUCUGACUGAUGUCUUCUUGUCGAGUAGUCCAUCAAAAAACUCCCGGACUUCUGAAGGAAAAGAUUCUGAAGGCAGGAGUUUAUCUGAAUAAUAUUGUCUGCCCGAGUAAUUAAUCUCUACCUGCAAGAAACUUUGGGAUUAUUCGCUUCAAAAAAUUAUAUAUAUAUAUAUAUAUAUAUAUAGUGAUCAAAUCUGGUGUGGCUGGAAAGUGAAUUGCUGAACUAUCUUUAGGAGUUAUUUUUGGAGAGCCUUUGAGUGUGCGCUACAAAAUGCAAGGUGUACUGUAUUGUUUUCGUUUAUCUAUAUUUUUUAGAUGUUAAUUUUAAACACGCCUGUCUUUCAUCGUAUUGUGAGUGGAUUAAUAUUAAUGUUGUAGUACUCUACAUGCUUAAUUAAUUUUGAUUCAUUUUCUUGA